CUUCUCUGUGCUUUAUCUUUUUUUUUUUUUUUUUUGGCCGCGGGUGGUGAGGGUGUCUUUGCUGGGGCCAGUCCAUCUUUUGCCCCGGGCUCUAUGGCUGGAUUGUGGAAACUGCACCCCGCUGCAGGUUGUUGAGCGACUGAUGGGACGAUCUCAGGGACCCGCGGUUGCAGAAGGAAUGUUUAAUUUGUUAAGUUGGAGGAAAAAACAUGGAUUUUUAGUAAUUGAAGAACAAACUAAGGUUUCAUAUUUGGAAUAUUGGUGUUUCAAUUUUUGAGGAAUUUUUCUUUUACUUUUUGAUUUUGUUUUAAUUUUUAAUUAUCAAUCUUGGAGUACAGAAGAGGAACCACAAACACAGUGACUUUGUUUCACGUUUGAAACAUACAUUCUUGAGGAAUUCUCACGCCCAAGCCCACAGCCAUGUGGCCAUCACAGCUACUAACCUUCAUGAUGCUCUUAGCACCAAUAGUUCAUGGUGGCAAGCACAGUGAGAGACAUCCAGCCCUUGCUGCUGCACUUCGACAUGCUGAGCGCAGCCCAGGAGGCGCUCUACCACCCAGACAUCUCCUUCAGCAGCCUUCUGCGGAGCGUGCUACUGCUCAUCGUGGACAAGGGCCUCGUGGAGCUGCCAGAGGAGUUCGUGGUCCAGGUGCCCAAGGAGCACAGAUUGCAGCCCAAGCUUUCAGCAGAGCCCCAAUCCCAAUGGCAGUGGUCCGCAGAGAGCUCUCCUGUGAGAGCUACCCCAUCGAGCUCCGCUGUCCAGGAACAGAUGUCAUCAUGAUCGAAAGUGCCAACUAUGGGAGGACUGACGACAAAAUCUGUGACUCCGACCCUGCUCAGAUGGAGAAUAUCCGAUGUUAUCUGCCAGAUGCCUAUAAGAUUAUGUCUCAAAGAUGCAAUAACAGAACCCAAUGUGCAGUGGUGGCAGGCCCUGAUGUUUUUCCGGACCCAUGUCCAGGAACCUAUAAAUACCUUGAAGUGCAGUAUGAAUGUGUCCCUUACAAAGUGGAACAAAAAGUUUUUCUUUGUCCUGGACUACUAAAAGGAGUAUACCAGAGUGAACAUUUGUUUGAGUCUGACCACCAGUCUGGGGCAUGGUGCAAAGACCCUCUUCAGGCUUCUGACAAGAUUUAUUAUAUGCCCUGGACCCCCUACAGAACUGAUACCUUGACUGAAUAUUCAUCCAAAGAUGACUUCAUUGCUGGAAGGCCAACUACUACCUACAAGCUCCCUCAUAGGGUGGAUGGCACAGGAUUUGUUGUGUAUGAUGGAGCUUUGUUCUUCAAUAAAGAGCGCACCAGGAACAUAGUAAAGUUUGAUUUGCGGACUAGGAUAAAGAGUGGAGAGGCUAUCAUAGCAAAUGCCAAUUACCAUGAUACCUCCCCUUACCGAUGGGGAGGCAAAUCUGACAUAGACCUGGCAGUGGAUGAAAAUGGGCUCUGGGUCAUCUAUGCAACAGAACAAAACAAUGGUAAAAUCGUCAUUAGUCAGUUGAACCCUUAUACCCUGCGGAUUGAAGGGACAUGGGAUACUGCAUAUGAUAAAAGGUCAGCUUCCAAUGCAUUUAUGAUCUGUGGGAUUCUGUAUGUGGUCAAAUCUGUAUAUGAGGAUGAUGACAAUGAGGCCACCGGGAAUAAGAUUGACUACAUUUACAAUACCGACCAAAGCAAGGAUAGUCUGGUGGAUGUUCCUUUUCCCAAUUCAUAUCAAUACAUAGCAGCUGUGGAUUACAACCCCAGGGACAACCUACUCUAUGUGUGGAAUAACUAUCAUGUAGUGAAAUAUUCCUUGGACUUUGGACCUCUGGAUAGUAGAUCAGGACAAGCACAUCAUGGACAGGUUUCCUAUAUCUCUCCACCAAUUCACCUUGACUCUGAGCUGGAAAGACCCCCUAUUAGAGGAAUCUCUACUACAGGACCUCUGGGCAUUGGAAGCACCACCACAAGUACCACCCUUCGGACUACAACUUGGAGCCCAGGAAAGAGUACCACCCCAUCAGUGUCAGGAAGAAGGAACCGGAGCACCAGCACCCCAUCUCCAGCUGUGGAGGUUCUUGAUGACAUAACCACACACAUACCAUCAGCAUCCUCCCAGGUCCCAGCUUUGGAAGAGAGCUGUGAGGCUGUGGAAGCUCGAGAAAUCAUGUGGUUUAAGACCCGUCAAGGACAAAUAGCAAAGCAGCCAUGCCCUGCAGGAACUAUAGGUGUGUCAACUUACCUAUGCCUUGCUCCUGAUGGAAUUUGGGACCCCCAAGGACCAGAUCUCAGCAACUGUUCUUCUCCUUGGGUCAAUCAUAUAACACAGAAGUUGAAAUCUGGAGAGACAGCUGCCAAUAUAGCUAGAGAGCUAGCUGAACAGACCAGGAAUCACCUGAAUGCUGGGGACAUCACCUACUCAGUCCGGGCCAUGGACCAGCUGGUAGGCCUCCUUGAUGUCCAGCUCAGGAACUUGACACCAGGUGGAAAGGACAGUGCUGCCCGCAGUUUGAACAAGCUUCAGAAAAGAGAGCGCUCUUGCAGAGCCUAUGUCCAGGCAAUGGUCGAGACAGUUAACAACCUCCUUCAGCCACAAGCUUUGAAUGCUUGGAGAGACCUGACUACAAGUGAUCAACUACGUGCAGCCACCAUGCUGCUUGACACCGUGGAGGAGAGUGCCUUUGUGCUGGCUGAUAACCUUUUGAAGACUGACAUUGUCAGGGAGAACACAGACAAUAUUCAACUAGAAGUUGCAAGGCUGAGCACAGAAGGAAACUUAGAAGACCUAAAAUUUCCAGAAAAUAUGGCCCAUGGAAGCACUAUCCAGCUUUCUGCAAAUACUUUAAAGCAGAAUGGCCGCAAUGGAGAGAUCAGAGUGGCCUUUGUCCUUUAUAACAACUUGGGUCCUUAUUUGUCCACGGAGAAUGCCAGUAUGAAGUUGGGCACAGAAGCUAUGUCUACAAAUCAUUCCGUUAUUGUCAAUUCACCUGUUAUUACAGCAGCAAUAAACAAAGAGUUCAGUAAUAAGGUUUAUUUGGCUGAUCCUGUGGUGUUUACUGUUAAACAUAUCAAGCAGUCAGAGGAAAAUUUCAACCCUAACUGUUCAUUUUGGAGCUACUCCAAGCGCACAAUGACAGGUUAUUGGUCAACUCAAGGCUGUCGGCUUCUGACAACAAACAAGACACAUACUACUUGCUCUUGUAACCACCUAACCAAUUUUGCAGUACUUAUGGCACAUGUGGAAGUUAAGCACAGUGAUGCAGUCCAUGACCUUCUUUUGGAUGUGAUUACAUGGGUUGGAAUUUUGCUGUCUCUUGUUUGUCUCCUGAUCUGCAUCUUCACAUUUUGCUUUUUCCGCGGGCUCCAGAGUGACCGUAACACCAUCCACAAGAACCUCUGCAUCAGCCUUUUUGUAGCAGAGCUGCUCUUCCUCAUUGGAAUCAACCGAACUGACCAACCAAUCGCCUGUGCCGUUUUCGCUGCCCUCUUACAUUUCUUCUUCCUGGCUGCCUUCACCUGGAUGUUCUUGGAGGGCGUGCAGCUCUACAUCAUGCUGGUGGAGGUUUUCGAGAGUGAGCACUCACGGAGGAAGUACUUCUACUUGGUGGGCUAUGGGAUGCCCGCGCUCAUUGUGGCUGUGUCUGCGGCUGUGGAUUACAGGAGUUAUGGGACAGACAAAGUAUGUUGGCUCCGACUUGACACCUACUUCAUUUGGAGUUUUAUAGGACCAGCAACCUUGAUAAUUAUGCUUAAUGUAAUCUUCCUUGGGAUUGCUUUAUAUAAAAUGUUUCAUCAUACUGCUAUACUGAAACCAGAAUCAGGCUGUCUUGAUAACAUCAACUAUGAGGAUAACAGACCCUUCAUCAAGUCAUGGGUUAUAGGUGCAAUAGCUCUUCUCUGCCUGUUAGGAUUGACCUGGGCCUUUGGACUCAUGUAUAUUAAUGAAAGCACAGUCAUCAUGGCGUAUCUCUUCACCAUUUUCAAUUCUCUACAGGGAAUGUUUAUAUUCAUUUUCCAUUGUGUCCUACAGAAGAAGGUACGAAAAGAGUAUGGGAAAUGCCUGCGAACACACUGCUGUAGUGGCAAAAGUACAGAGAGUUCCAUUGGCUCAGGGAAAACUUCUGGUUCUAGAACUCCUGGACGCUACUCUACAGGCUCACAGAGCCGAAUUCGUAGAAUGUGGAAUGAUACGGUCCGAAAACAGUCAGAGUCCUCAUUUAUUACUGGAGAUAUAAACAGUUCGGCAUCACUCAACAGAGGGUCCUAUCUUCCCUGCAUUCAGGCGUGUGUAUCAUAUUUAGGAGCCAUGGCUAAUCAUCUUAUAAGCAAUGCUCUGCUUCGUCCGCAUGGUACUAACAAUCCCUAUAAUACAUUGCUUGGGGAACCGGCGGUCUGUAACAACCCUUCUGUCAGCAUGUACAACGCACAAGAGCCCUACAGAGAGACAAAGGGGCUUCUGAACAAUGCCAGGGAUACAAGUGUCAUGGAUACUCUACCACUGAAUGGUAACCAUGGCAAUAGUUACAGCAUUGCCAGCGGCGAGUACCUGAGCAACUGUGUGCAAAUUAUAGACCGCGGCUAUAACCAUAAUGAGACCGCCCUAGAGAAAAAGAUUCUGAAGGAACUCACUUCCAAUUACAUCCCUUCUUACCUGAACAACCACGAGCGUUCCAGCGAGCAGAACAGGAAUCUGAUGAACAAGCUGGUGAAUAACCUCGGCAGUGCAAGUGAAGAUGAUGCCAUUGUCCUCGAUGAUGCCACAUCCUUCAAUCAUGAGGAGAGUCUGGGCCUGGAACUCAUUCAUGAAGAAUCGGAUGCUCCUUUGCUGCCCCCAAGGGUUUACUCCACCGAGAACCACCAGCCACACCACUACAGCAGAAGGCGGAUCCCCCAAGACCACAGUGAGAGCUUUUUCCCUUUGCUAACCAACGAGCACACAGAAGAUCUCCAGUCACCCCACAGGGACUCCCUCUAUACCAGUAUGCCAGCACUGGCUGGUGUGCCCGCCGCAGAGAGCGUUACCACCAGCACCCAGACCGAACCCCCAGCAGCCAAAUGUGGUGAUGCCGAAGAUGUUUACUACAAAAGCAUGCCAAACCUAGGCUCCAGAAACCACGUCCAUCAGCUGCACACUUACUACCAGCUAGGGCGCGGCAGCAGUGAUGGAUUCAUAGUUCCUCCAAACAAAGAUGGGACCUCUCCGGAGGGAAGUUCAAAAGGACCUGCUCAUUUGGUCACUAGUCUAUAGAAGAUGACACAGAAAUUUAAACCAACAAAACUGCUAACACCUUGUUGACUGUUCUGAGUUGAAAUAAGCAGUGGUAAUAAUGUGUGUACUCCUAAAUCUUUAUGCUGUUCUCAAAAGACAAACAAAAACUCUUGACUUUUUCUUUUUCUUUCUUUUUUUUUUUUUUAAAGUGGGAUUUUUAGGUCAGCCCAGGGGAGAAAGAUAACUGCUGAAAUCCCCCUGUGCCCUUUCCUUUCUUGUCCUUCCCCCCCCUCAGAUGGAGACUUCAUUAUGUUAAUGAACGAGAUAUGAAGAAAAUGGCGCUCAUUGUGGCCUUGUUGAAUUAUGUUGUGUUUGUUUUAACAUCUCUGAUGCUCUGUUACUAUACUUACAAGGACCUGAUUUUUGAAAGGCCAGAACAAUUGUUUGCAAUUAGUAACAAUGCUGCAUCUAGAUUGGAGUGCUGCACAAACAAACAUAAAAGAGAAGCAAAACUGUUAUCACAUAGUGGUUUAUGGUCACUCACCACCUGUUCACCACAGCAGGAAUAGCUGUGGAAAACAAAACAACAAAAUUAAUAAUGAAAUGGAGGGGAAUUCUAGAAUUAUAUGCUAAAUGCAUAUUUUAUGAUUUGCUGUAUUAACUGAUGAUAAAACUAAUGGCAGAAAAAAAUUGAACAAUUUCUAUGUAAUGUACAGAUACUAGCAUUGCACAUAUAGUCUGCUUUCUGUUCCUCCAGAAUUUGAGUCCUGUUAAUGUAGUGGGAAAAAAAAAAAAAGAAAUUUUCUUUUUCUUUUGUGCUAGUCUUGCAAGUUUGUCUACCAGUAAAAAAAAAGAAAAAAAGAAAAAAAAAGAAAAAAAAGCAAAGUUUCCUCCUUUUUUUUUCUUCCUUUCUUCAUUUUCUUUUUCUUUGCCUCCCCGCCCCCCUACUUGUUUACUUUAAAACUUCACCUGGGAAAUAAAUAAAUAAAUAAAUAAAUAAAACUAUCACUUUAUAAGAAUCAUUUUCUAGUAAUGCAAACAAAUUAUUUUUUACAAAAAAGAAAAGAAAAGAAAGAAACUUAGAUUUCCUUCCCUGACUAUAUAUCUUUAUCCAGCUAGAAGAUUUCCAACAGCAUUUUUGCAAAUUAGAGCAGGACGAACUUUCAUGUUUACAGGGCACAUCUGUUGUAAUGCAAAGCAUAUUUGGCAAGCAGUUCAUCACCAAGACAGUAGCUAUGAUUCUAGAAGUCAAGAGGUGUCUAUAGGACUAGUGGGGCUUCUGCAUGUGAAAAAAACGGUAUUUCAUAGACGAUAAAGUGCUGAAUGCUCAGUCUGGCCCCCAAGCGGGCACCUGCACUACCAAGUUUUAGAGGAAAUUCAUUCCCUGGUAGUAAGAAUUAAAAGGUCAAAUAAUUUUGAAGUGAUUUUUUUUAAGUCUUCUGUUUAUUAACAGGAAAAUUUAUUUAUUUGACAGGAUUUUAAGUAAUGUAGGAUACAAGAGGUAAAUUAGCAGCACAUAUAAUUUUUUUUUUAAAUUUCUGAUCCAUUUUGUAUGGUCUCAAAGUUGGAUGACCUCAUUACUAAUAUUUGUUGUAAAAGUGAAACUUGUUUGCCAACCAAUAAACAACUGAUUGAGAUUUAGAAGAUAUUGUAUUGAUGUAUGUACUAUAUUAUUAAUUUUCCUUUGCAUUUUUUCUCGCCUUUCUUUCCCUCUAUUUUCAGUAUAUAAACUUUGCUAACCCUCUGUGACCUACGUAAGCCAUGAAAAAGAAAUCAAUCUGACUCAACAAAUAACCUAAGCACAAAAUGAUAAUCAGUUUUGCAGACAAAGUCAACCAGAAAAUGGGAUGGACAUCUUUAUGUUGUCUAAAACAAGAUGCAUUACUUACACUCAAGCAGGUUAACAUAUAGGUUACUGUAUGCCUAUUUAUAAACCCACUGUAGUUACUAUGCUUAUUUUAAUAAACAGAUGCAAUCAGAGAUUCAAAUAUCAAAUUACAAUGGAAUCAUUUUUCCUCUUUCAUAAGCUCCAUUUUGAUAAAGAAAUUUAAAUUUAUUCCAUUGGCUAAAAGCUGCAAGAAUCAUGGCAAAGAAAACAUUUUUAAAGGGCACUAUAAACCAUUUUUUUGUGCCAUUUUUUCUUGUUAUAAAGGAGGAAAGAGGAGGGGAAAUAUAAAUUCUUUCAAAGAAACUUUCUUGAUUUUCGAUUACUCCAGAUCCUUUUCCAGCAGUAUUCAACCAUGGAGUUCUUUCUAAGCAAAACUACAAUGAACUUGCCAAUUCAUAAUUUCUCUUGUUCUAUGCCUUGGGAUUUUAUUUUUCAAAAAUCUACAUGAUUGUCUUAAAAUGAUAAAAAAUAGUGUAGACAAUGGCCAGUAAUCCAUACAUAGUUAUAAAAUAUAUGACAAAAAAAGUUGUACUGGUCAGAGUACAUCUUAACUGUUUCAUCACCUUAAAAUAUCUUAUGUCUCAUUUCUUUUUAGUCAAUUGAUAUAAAUGUUUCCUUAAAUUGGAGGAGUACCACAGGCUUCAGCAGCAAUGAGGUUUCCCUAACACCACCCAGUGGCCGUAUUAGCACCUGAAAGGUGUUUAACUCACUUGAUGCCUAGAUUAUAUGUGGCCAGAAAAGAACCCUUCUUUAACAUGUAAAACAUAACUCCAGAAACACACAUGUUGACUGUGGAUUGCCAGUGCUUAAGCUUGGUGUGACAAACAGUAAUCUGUAUGGAAGCAUUUCUAAGUAAGAAGCUAGAUUCACAGAACAAUGGGGAAACUACCUCAAUUCAGCUUGCUGAUUUUCUGAUAUUGCUACCUCCUUGCUUGUGAUCUUUUUGUGUUUUAUUAUAUGGAAAUUUGAAGCAGGUAACCUGCCCAGCUCUGCAUAGACCAAGUGGAAGAAAGAUCACUUGGAACACCUUAACUGGUACAGAAGUCUAUGCAAUAUAAUAGGUUAAUACCAAGCUCUUGCAUCAAGAUGAAAGUGUGAGAUUUUUUUUUUUAACCUCUCCUCCAUCAUAAUUGGUGUGCUUUCAGAGAGAAUUAAGUUCCCAAAGAUUUUGACAGGAAGAGAUUGUUCCUCCGAAUUUGAUGUGACUAUUAAUGAAAACAGUGGAUAAAGUAGUUAAUUGCACAUGUAUUUCAAUAGAAAUUUGCAUAAAAUAUGUAUUCAUUUAGUCCUAUGUACACUAGCAAGGGUUGAAUUCCUGAACUUCAAUUUUCCCCUCAAAUGCCUUUUUCAAGCAAAGUUACUGAUGAACUAAUAAUUUUUUAAAUUUUUUUCUAUCACCUUUAUUGACUCCGUUUUUCCAAUAUUUUAUGAAAUUCAUGAUUUACUUAUCUGAAUAUUUUCAAUGUACUUGGUUUUCCAUUAAGAAGUAAAUUUCCAUUCAACAUACAUAAUGUAUGUGCAUAGCACAUUAUUUAGCCAGAUGAAAGUAAAAGCUAAGUAUUGCUUCCUAGUAAAAUAAUAUUUUGUAAUGUUUUAUUUGAAUUUUAUUUUUUCUUUGAAAUCUAAGUCAUAUGAUGGUUUUAUCAGGACACUAGCUAAUGGUCCUCAUGUUUAAUUGAUUUUGAAACUAAUGGACUGUUCUACAGCAUAUUCCUAACUGAUAAUAUUUAUGAUGAAACCCAAAUUUUGGGAAGAAGAAAUAGAUUAAAAUUUCAGUUAAAGUUUAUGAGCAUCCCUCCUUGUUUCCAUUCUAUUAAAAUUUAACUACUAGAUUUGAAUGAUAAAAAAAUAUGCUAAAAUUAUCAUAAUGACAAAACAAAUGGCAUGAGAACAAUUUUCAUAAAAGGAAAAUUAAUAAGGAAACUAUAUUAACCAAAAGCAAAUAAUAGAAAUUCCCUUAACUUCCUGUAAAAAAUUCACAAUGACUCUAAAUUGAAAGUUUAUGAUCUGUAUUUUUAAGAUUCCCAAUAUGAAAAUAUUGACAUUGAAAUGAUCUUUAAAUUUAGAUAUUUAAAUUUUAAUAUUAACUUAGUUGAUGUGAUAAAAUUUUUCAUAAUAAUGCAGCAUAUAAAGGAAUUGGUAACAUUUAUAAAGAUCCAUAUAAUUAAUUUUAGGCAAUAUCUUCAGCUAUAUGUGUUCAAUUCACUGACUAGUUUCAAGAUCAAUAUUAAAAACUUUUAUGACUGACUUUCUGCAUUACUGUAUAGACCAAAAGAAAAGAGGAAAAACAAUGUCUUGAGUUGUCUAAAGAUCAAUUCUGAACUAAACUAUUGUCAUCAUCUAUUAAUGAAAGAAUAUUUUUUAAGUUGUUCAUUAGUACUGUAUCAAAGUGCUACUAUUUAGAAUGUUUUUGAAAACAAAAUAAAACACUGUUGAACUACAAAUGCAUGUCAAUUCAACCUCAGCGAAUGAAAAACUAAAACAAAAUUUUAAUCUGGUUUUGAGCAAAUACAAGGAUACUGGUAUGAAUGGCCUUUCUUUAACAAACAUACUGAGAUAAAGUAGCCCAAGGUAUUAAGAUAUAAUUAGUUUAUUUUUAGCAAUUCAUAAAACUCAUCAUGUCAUUGUUAGGCAUUCCUAAAUAAUACUUUACAUCUCAUAUUAGAUUUCUGCGCAUUGAAAUGUUUGAAAGGUGGCGGCCCAGAUGCAAAGCAGCAUAAGAAUAGCUUAUGGAAGUGUUUCUGUGCAAAUUAAUUCCACAUAAGACUCUUCUUUGAGCUCAUAAAAUAGAUUCAAGAGAAUACAAGAGUAUGUUCAAUUUUGUAAUAAGAAAAUAGGUCUAUAUCAAACCAUCUGAAAAAUAUUAUUAGACAUUUAACCAUAUAUAUCCUAGAAAUGAAAAUGUUGAUAGUUGUUUCUUUCUUGUUCAGCCAUAAGACAAAAUUCUAUUUACUACUUUACUACUUUAUUUACUCCUCUUUGCUUUAAAAGGAAAACCAGUCUUUAACGUUCACCUGUACACAUACUUACAAAUCAUAAUUCCUUUUAUUUAACUUUCAGAGAAAAUGAAUCACAAUUAUUGCAAACUUUGUGAUUUUAUAAGACAGGUGGUUAAUAUAGUUUUACAUAUUCUCAUUUGAUAUAUUUAUUUUUAUUCUUUUAAAAAAAUUGUUUAAAGUCAGCACUUCUUUAACAUCUAGCAUCUUUAAGUUAAAUGUCUUGAUAUAAACUAUUUGGAUAUUUCUUUCUCUUAAUAGUGUCAUCUGCAAUUUUUUCAUUGAUAACUUGUGCCUCUUUAGAGUAUGUCAAAAGUAAACCGCAAACCAUUAUUCAUGUAAAGAAGCAGGAGACUGCAUAUAAAAAUGACCUCUGUUGUGAUAAACAACACUUUUCAACUACAAUAUGACAGAUGAAUAGAACCAAGUUGCCAAGACCUAAUUUAGAUGAUAAGACCUAAAUGAGAAUUAUACAGGAAAUGCUUUAGAAAAAAUAACAAAAUCAUAUAUCUUGAUAAAAAUGUUAUAUACUAUACCAAAUGCUGAUUUGUUCAGAAAACAUUAAAUUGGAGUUUACCAUAUUAUAAUUUCAUCCUGCUAAUUCCACAGAAAACACUACAUACUUCUAGCACUAUUUAGAUAGUUUGUGUCUAGCUAAACCUAAAAAAAUAUAUAAAUGUUUAAAAAAUAUAAGUAUUUUGCCUCAAUUCACAUUCAUUUUCUAAUCUGCUGACUCAAUCGUACAGAAACACAGUUAGUGCUACUAGUAGCUUUGUACCUUUUAGAGCUUUAUUAUGAAUCUAAUAAGCAUUAAAUUAAUAUUGAAAUUAUGUAUGUUGUACAAAGUAACUCAUAAUCAAGCAAUAUUCAUAUUAAAGGAUAAUUCAUUAUACAUAUGAAUAUUACAUUAAGGCUGAAAAAAUAAAUAUACUACUAAAAAUUUUACUCUCAAAUCCUCUCUUCAAUUACUGCAGUCAAUUGACACAAUUCUGCAGGCAGUUGUGCACAUGGUGGAUUAUUAAAAUACCACAUAAUCCAAAUGCAUCUAAGUGUAUUCAAUGUUCCUUUCAUUCUAAAUGCUAAAGGAAAAACUUGAAAGAAGAGGAAAAUAGACUUCUAAGGAUCUAAUUUAAACAUUGUUAUUCAGAUUGAAUAAUUUUAAAAUGAGAAUGCUACACUAUUUGAUCUGAGGCAGAGGUUACAAAAAAUUUACUUAGGCAAAAAUCAGGAUUUUACAUUUAGAGGAAUUCAGAUGGUCUCAAUUGCCUAAGAUUGCUAAAAUUCACACUCCAUUGGAAAGGAACUAUCUUUAAAAUCUAAGCCUAAAUAUCACUUUUUAAAAUGUAAAAAUUCCUCUGAUUCUUCUGACAGAGAAAAAUGAUCCUGAACCCAAAACGAAAUACAUUGAUUGAUUAACCUCAAAAGGUAUUUGGCAAAAUUAGUGUAUCAACUAUAAUAGCAGGUAGAGAUUUUUGGAAUUGAAACUCAGUAUGCAGUGAGGAAGAUGGUGUCCUCAUGUGCUAACAACUGCCUGAUCCUCUAGAGUGUAUAUUUAAUGCCUUGCAUUUCAAGUUGUCCCAAUGGCUUAAGCUUUGACAUUUUGAAUCAUUUAAAAGUUAUUUGAUAAUAAAAAUUUCCUCUAUCAUUCUAGUAAUAAAAAGUGGUAUGUUUUGAAACAGCUGUAGAUAAUCAGAUGUGUGCAUUUAUAAAUAAAUCUCAUUUGUUUGUAUAUUCUAACACUGACCUUUGCCUGUGAACUACAAAAUCAAGAUCUGUAGAGUCAGGUUGAUUUCCCUUCAUUUGGCUUCUGUGAAUGCAUUGGAAGUGGACAGAUAAUUUGGAAGAUUUUUCAUACUGUUUUCCCUCUCACCAAACAUUUAAUCUAAUUCAAGAUAUAUCUUUUAAAAAACAAUAGUAUACUUAAAAAAAACUAACAAAUAAUUGAGCUAUUCUUCACUGAUAAGAAAAAAAUCACUUUUCAAAACAAAAAUCUAGCUAAUACAGCUUUGGUCUUUUAGGAUUCUCAUAUAUUUCCACACGGAAUUAUUCUUAUCAUAUACACCUACCAGAUUUCAAGCUACUGGAUUUUUUUCUCUUGUACAACCUUUUCAUCCUUAAAAAAAAAAAUGCUCUGUACAAUCACAUGUAAAACCAUGAGCUACAAACCUCAAUAAAAAAAAUAUCAGUAAACAAUAA